AUGACAGAGAGUAAAGAAAAGCCAGAAAUCGGACAUGUUGAUAGCACAAUUCAUUAUAAUAUAAAAGGGAAUGAGUUAAUAGAUAUUAUUGAACAUAGAAAUAAUGAAAAAUAUCAAAGACUUGGUGGUAUUCAUGGUUUAUGUGAAUUAUUAAAUGUAGAUGAAAAGAAAGGAAUAGCAUUAAAUUCGAUUACAAAAAGGGUUCAACAGUUUGGAAAUAAUUUAUUACCCCCUGCUGAAAGACAAAAAUGUUCAAGUAAUAUUGAUACGGAGCCACCAGAUUACUAUGAAGGAAUUGCAAUAUUAGUUGCAGUUUUUGCCGUUAGUUUAAUUGGGGCGUGGAAUGAUUAUUCGAAACAAAGUAAGUUUAUUGAAAUUGCUUCAAAAGAAACUGAUUGUUCUGUUAAAAUAAUUAGAGAUGGUGUUCCAAUGGAGUCAACUUCUUCUCAAUUAGUUGUUGGAGAUAUUGUUUAUUUAUCUGUUGGAGAUGUAUUACCUGCUGAUGGUAUUUAUUUAAAAGGAAAUGGACUUAGAAUUGAUGAAUCAGAAAUGACUGGAGAAUCUGCUUCUGUAAAAAAAUCAGAAGACAAUUUUGUUUGUUUAUCAGGAUGUACUGUUACUGAUGGAAAUGGUACAAUGUUAAAAGGAUAUGUUAAUAAAGACAAACAAAGACCUACUCCAUUACAAGAACGGUUAGAUGAAUUGGCUGAAAAUAUUGGUAAAAUGGGUAUGUUUUGUGCUGCAAUUGUAUUUAUUGUAUUAACACUAUGGUGGUUUUAUAAAGCAAUUACAUUUACUGGAUAUGUUCAACCUGAUGACCAUUGUAAAUUAUGCUCUCCAACAGAAACAACCAAUUGUGUCGCUGCAAAAUUUAACUGGUGGAGAAUUACUGAUUUAGUUGAUUAUUUUAUUAUUGCUGUUACUAUUGUUGUUGUUGCAGUACCAGAAGGGCUUCCAUUAGCAGUUACUGUGUCUUAA